GUACAGUUUUAUCUGUGGUUGUGGAAUCAAAUGACGCUUUUUGAAGCGGUAAGUUGGCAUCGGUCUGUAAAAAAUGUCGGCACCUGAAAUUAACGCUUACUUUACAGGGAACGGGACGUACAAGCCUAUAAACCCGAUUGUCUCGAAAGUUGGUGAUUUUACGCCGUUUUACAUUGCCAUUGCAAUCUGCUCGGUGAUUCUCGGCUUCCUGAUCAUACUGAACGUGGUGUGCUGCUGUUCCAGGUACUCAGAGUACUGGCUUGACAGACAUACAGGUAAUCGCUGGAUCGUGUCAAUCUGGUCAGCAACUCCACACAAGCAGCCACCACUGGACUUCACAGAGCUCGAGAGCAACUUCCAACAAGUUCACUACGUGCAUCCUUACGGAGAAGACAGUGAAGAGUACCGUGACAUCCACAAACACAGCGUCCCACCGUCAGUGUCUCAACAGCCACUGACUUCCUCCCAGGAGUACUUGGAGUUGCACAAGAGGGAGAGUGACAUUUAGAAUGGCGUUCUUAAUGCUUUAUCCUGCAGUAGCAGUUCUCUCUAUGUUCGUACUGAUGGUUAUCAUAUUAAUUCUAAGAUUUGGAGCUCGCUGGUGCAAGCUCCGUCAUAAUACACUGGCUGACCAAGAAUAUUGGAAUGAAGAUGAAGCAUAUGAACAAAAAGUUUCAUAUGCCUAAGUUUUCUUUUUUUAUAUAUUUUUUUUACUA